AGGGUUUGCAGCUCAGCUCGAUAAUUGGAUGCACAGAAAGACACGUGCCCCCGCAAUCUGCGCUAUCAGCUCAACUCUUGCCUUUUCUCUCCCCCUCUCCCCCACCUUGCUCCACACAACUUUUGAAGACGGACGCCGACGGACCAGCCGGGGAAGAUGAUGAGCUUUUGCAUCGCCCUGUUCAUCAGUUACACUCUCGCCCUGGGAUCUAGCGGACAUCCUUGUCAUCCCAACCCUUGCCAGAAUGGAGGAUCAUGCCUGGCCGGAGUCUCCUCGGAUCCCUACUACUGUAUUUGUGUGGAUGGAUUUACUGGGAAACACUGCACUGAGGUGGAGCAAGGAAGUGGUGCGGGGGAACACACCGGGCAUACGUUGGAAGACGUAAGGUAUAACGAUGUCACUACCUACUCCAGACACUCAGGCCAUUGUUAUCCUAACCCCUGUCAAAAUGGUGGUCUAUGUGAAUUAGUAUCGCGUAGAGGAGAUGUCUUCAGUGAGUACAUCUGCAAGUGCCCUACUGGUUUCCAGGGUGUUCACUGUCAAACAAAUAUCAAUGACUGUGCUUCCCAGCCUUGCAAAAAUGGAGGGAGCUGUGUGGAUCUGGAUGCAGAUUACUCAUGCAAUUGUCCGUCUCCAUACAUAGGAAGAGCCUGCCAGCACACGUGUGUAUCUGCACUGGGGAUGGAGGGAGGAGCAAUUGAAGACUAUCAGAUCACCGCAUCCUCUGCGCAUCUGGGAUUCUUGGGCCUGAAACGCUGGCGCCCAGAGCUAGCACGACUCAACAACAAAGGAAUUGUCAAUGCUUGGAGUAUGGCGACCUUUGACCUUAACCCCUGGUUUCAGGUCAAUUUGCUGAGAAAGAUGCGAAUCACUGGGGUCAUUACCCAGGGUGCCUUGGCUGUGGGGGCACCAGAAUACAUCAAAGUCUUCAAAAUUGCUUAUAGUUCUGAUGGAGUAAACUUCACCAUUUUUAAAGACAGUGAGAAAAACAAAGAAAAGAUAUUUACCGGAAAUCACAACAACAAUGAGCAGAAGAAGAAUCUGAUCAACCCCUCCAUCAUUGCUCAGUACAUUCGCCUUAUUCCAGUGGUGUGCCAGAGAGCCUGUACUCUGCGCAUGGAGUUAAUUGGCUGUGAACUGAAUGUUUACUUAAACACAACAGGUUGCUCGGAGCCACUCGGGAUGAAGUCGAGGCUCAUCAGCGACAAGCAGAUCACUGCCUCAAGUACAUACAAAAUGUGGGGGAUUGACGCUUUCACCUGGGCACCUUGCUUAGCGCGCCUGGACAAGCACGGGAAAACCAACGCCUGGACAGCUGAACUCAAUGACAAGUCACAGUGGCUUCAGAUUGACCUCCUAGUUCCUAAAAAAAUCACUGGCAUCAUUACUCAAGGAGCAAAAGACUUUGGAGUACAUCAGUAUGUGAAAUCCUUUAAAAUUGCCCACAGUGAUGAUGGAAAGUCUUGGUCUAUUUACAAGGACAGCGUAACGAAAACAGAUAAGGUAUUCCAGGGCAACUAUGACAACUACAGCCACAAGCGCAACCUCUUUGAUCCACCGUUCUACGCACAGUUUGUCCGGAUCUUGCCUCAGACCUGGCAUGAACGCAUCACCCUCCGUGUGGAGCUGCUGGGAUGUCACGAAUAGACCUUGCUUCUUGCAUGUGAUAGGGGAAUAUCUGAUAUGUGUUAUACGCUGAUCUGCAUCACUGUAUUGUACCUUUUAUACACACUGGAAUGCCAGCUUCAUUUUAUAAUAACCUUUUCAUUGUCACAGACGAAUUGAACAUAUUUGAAAGCAAGAGAACCCUUUACAUUUGUAGUGUUCCUCCCCUUCGCUGGUGAUCUUCCGUCACUUACUAUCCCCAUAUCCUUUUGACCUCUUCAAAGAGAGUCACUAGUGAGAAUCCCUGCUGGCAAACGAAGCAGGGGAAUGAUUGAGAGGUCAGGUUACCCAGAUAUCUGCACAGUGAGUGAAAGAGAUCUUUCAGAAUGAAAUGUUUUGAGUCCUCUGAUCAUCUUCCUCUGGCGAAGUGCCUGACUUCCACCUGAGAACUCCGUGGAGUAGUAAGAGUAAAAUCGGGAGCUCAUCCUGCAGCGGGGAGCAUGGGCACAGACCAGUGCCUCACUGCUUCCCCUCGGAUAUCCUUAAAUGAUUGGCCAUUGAAUUAACCUCUGCUGCCUCUCUCUCCAAUGCGACGGGGCAGGAGGGAUACUUCACGGCAACACAUCGUCAAGAAAAUAUCAAGCUGCAUAAUCUUCAUAAGUCGUGGUUAUGGAGUAGAAUCCCUCAUAAAGGUUUAACCUUAUGGAGGUGGGUCUAUUUUAACUUUUUGCAAUAAGAUGAAAUGGACAAUUUCAGGUCAAUUGGCCAUUGUCCAACUCUCCUGAUUUUUCACUUCUACAGAACAUGAGAAAAUAUUACAAUCUUCCAGGUCAAAAUUGUCCAUUUCCCGCAAUUGCCCAAAGUGAAAAUUACCCCCAUUAUCUCCCUACCACGAUCUGUAAGGUUGAGUAGCCCACCUUGCUUUGGAGCACAUUUUUAUGUGCAAAACACUGGGGCAAAAUAAAUGGGUCACUUUUGCAGUCCAAAGAGUUUCAAAGAGAUUACAAUCAGUGUAGUGGUGUGUAAGGAGGGAGAUCAUGAACUUAAAUCUGUAACAGCUAUCUAUGACUUUGGGUCAUGCUUGCUCUAUGGAAGGACACCAUGGCAGUUUGAUAGCAACAGAUAGAAUUGACAUCCCUGAGGCUAAAGAACAAAUAUCCUGCACUAAAGAUAGCGGAAGCCUUCCAUUUCUUCUAUUGUUGAGGCUUGGAGAUGGAGUCAGAGGAAGAUCCAUUGAAAAUUUCAAGAUGGAGAUUGGUAGAUUUUUGUUGGCAAGAUUAUUAAGUAGUACAGUUGAGUAGGAUGCAGCAUUUAUCAUCUAAUUGAAUGGCGGAACAAGCUCAAGAGUGAUUGGUCACCUCCCCUGUCACCUCAUUCACUACAAUAAAUAAGAGAAGAAAAUUCUCAACAAAUUUCUCAGGCAGUCUCUUGUAGUUAAUGAUGACUUGAAAUGAGGCCAGCUUUGGAUCCACAGACUCUGCAGCAGGAAGGGCAAGGGAUGCUUGACUGGAUGGAUGGGUGGGUGGUAUGGGCUCCGACUGUUUUGUGUGUUCAUUACAAAGAGAUCAAGGCUCUCUAUACUUUCUUGGAUGCUGCUCCUCCAUUUUAAUUGUCUGAGACUAGGAAUCCUUACAAGCUGGUGAGGAUGAUAAUUUUUUCCCUGGAUGCUUUGAGGUCAUCCUGAAAGCACUUCUUCUAUCCUCCUAGUAAUCCGUUGCUAUGACAGAGUGCCUGCCUCAGGAGUCUGUUGUUGAUUCAUCUGAAUGUAAUUAGAGCCUCAGUGCUGGGGAUAUUGGCCUGGGAGAGGAUGCUGACAAUGGCUUAUUUAUCCUGCCAAUAGAUUUGGAGGUUUUAGAGGAGACAGCAUUGCUUGUAACUUCCAGUGCUCUGAGGUGCCUUCUGUAGGUAUCAGAGGGCAUGGGUCGCUGCUGUUUUGUGUCAGAUCUGAUAUCUUCCUCUUCAAAUACUCAGAUGUCCAAAGGUGAUUGCGAGUUUCAUUGUUGAUGUCUGCCUUUGCUGACAGGUGGCUCCUGAGAUAUGGACCUUCAUUGUCAGAAGACAGUGAUGUGUGAUGGGGGCAAGUUGGUAAAAGACCCUUGCAGAUGUCCAGUGCAAGAUCCAUCCUCUUGGAUACUUCAGACAAUGAUGACUUGGAGCUUGGCCUCCGAGUAUUUACAUGUGAAAAUGUAUCUCUGUAGUAGCUCUGACUGAGGUUGGGGUGACCUUGGAUCUGGAGUGGGUGUGAUGUAGGUCAAACAGUUUCCAAUCAUUUUGUAGAAUAGCUCCACUCCUGCAGGGAACUUGUGGAGGUGAGGUAAAACGUUGUGGCAAAAAUGAUGUGGAUGAUCUAUCACUUGCCUACACUGGCAUGUCACAAUCUACAAAGACUCCAUUGGACAUUCCUCACAAGAUUGACUUGAAGGUGAUAUUUCUGCUUUGUAUUUGCAAAUUAUCCUCUCCCUUGCAGAUUUUCUUAUUGGUCCUGUGCACUUUUUCCUCAACUGCCAGUGUGUUUUUCGACCCAGCUUUACCAAGGUAUUGGAUACUGGGACUGGAGGGUGGGGAGUGGUUGGUGGACGAUUGGUUGGUGUGAGGGCACCUGUAGAGCACAUGCACCACACUAUGAACCACUGCACAUCCACAAAAUGUCCAGACAGAAAUUCUCCCUAAAAUAAUCCAAUCGACUUUAACGUAUGUACUUGUGAUGAUGCCUGUAAAUAACCCCUUGUAAAACAGUGUGGGCUUCUACUGGUGACCUUCAGGUAUUUAUUGAUUUGCUUAUUAAAUUGGGUGACAAGUUCUUGCACUUUAGUUUUCCUUUAGAUUAAAUGUUGGUUGUCGAUAGCUUAGUCUGCUAAUUUUAACUAAUUGAUUAAUUCACUAUGCAAUUAUAAUUUCCAGUUUAAUUACUUUAGAGCAAUUAUGAUAUAAAGUCCCUGUGAAAGUUUGAAGCAAUGUGUAGAGUGACUGAACCAAUGCACGUACAGGGAGUAGGUACCAAAGUAGUAGAAUUAAUUGACAAGAUGCCUUGCCCAGAUGCACGAUAGAGACAUGUUAAUUUAACCUCAGAGUCUGCGCUUUGGUACCUACAUGCUGCUGACACCCAGUGUUCAGUGGGAUGAUGGUUUGGCACCUGGGGAUUGUUUUCAGUGAACUGCAGCAGGAUAAGGUUGAAUAGUAAAGAUGUGAAAAUGACUAAAUUCUCGAGGUUUCCUAGAUUACUUUUGCAGAUCAAUAGAUCACUAAUACAGAACAAAAUCAAAAUACUUCAUGUAAAUGCUGCAAAUCUGUGAUAAAGACCGAAAAUGUUGGAAGCACUCCGUAGGUCAGGAGGUCUGUGGGGAGAGAAGCAAAAUAAAUGGUCUGGAAUUUGUGCUCAGCAAUGAAAUGACACAUCCCAGUUUCUGGACCAUUGGCCCUGCUUCUCUCCCUUCUAGUGUCAGUUGUUAAUUCAGUGGGAUCACUGGCAGCUAGUAAGAUGCCAUCAAACUGGCUGAGCAGCCAGUCACAGGCAGAAAACUAGGAAGAGACUUGGACAACUUUGCUUUGGAAAAUUAAGUGGAUAGAGUGAAAGACAUGAUUGUGCAAAGGCUGUGAGGAGGAUUAACUUGAUGAGAUAAAGUCCAUGAUAUGUUCAUUUGAAUUGAUUAUAUGGAUGGAUUAGAGUCCGCAAUAAGAUGGACAAUACAAGUGUUGUAGGAACCGAGGUAUUCAUCGGCCAGAUGUUCUUUUCUCAAUCCAUUGUUUCUUGUCUUCUAUAUCAGGGUGUGUGUCUGGUGAUUGGGAAAUGGGGGUGGAUAUGAAAUCAGAGAUCGAUUCAGGAAACAAGGAUUCAACUGAAUGUAUAUUGCAUGAAAACUUUUUAAAGGGUUUUUACAGCCAUAUACUUUUUACAACAAUUAACUGUAUGCAGAAGGUUGUGUUUGUAUUCAUUAAUGGGAUGCUCGAAUUGUUAGCAAGGCCAGCAUUUUUUAUCCAAUUCUAUCUGACCCUUGGAAAAGGGAGGUAUCUUCUUGAACUGCUGCAGUCUCUGAGGUGCUGAGAGUGAGUUACAGGAACAGCGAUAUUUUUCCAAGUCAGGAUGGUGUGUGACUUAGAGGGGAAAACCCGGAGGUGGUGAUGUUCCCUGCUGUCAUGGUAUUUCCAGAGGGGAGAAGGUUUGGGAGGUUGGCACUUGAGCCAGAGAAGUCUGCUUUCUCCUGGAUAGUAUUGAGCUGCUUAAAUUCUGUUGGGGCUGGGCUCAUCCAGGCAAGUGAAUGUAUUCCAGUGACACAAGAGAUUCUGCAGAUGCUGGAAUCUGGAGCAACACACACAAAAUAAUGGAGGAACUCUGCAGGUCAGGCAGUGUCUAUGGAUGGGAAAUAAACAGUCGACGUUUUGGCAGUCCUGACGAAGGGUCUCAACCCGAAACAUCGACUGUUUAUUUCCCUCCAUAGAUGCUGCCUGACCUGCUGAGUUCCUCCAGCAUGUUGUGUGUGUUGCUGGAGUGUACUCUAGCAUAUUUCUGACUGGUGCUUUGUAUAUGGGGGAAAGGCUCUGGGGAGUCAGAUGUGUCACACAUGUCAGAGUAUCCAAGCUCUGACAUGCUCCUGGACCUAGAACUGUUACAUUUCAGGUUAAAGGACCCCCCCCCCACCCCCCCACUUUAUCCAGUUUCCCAUAAAUUUUGAUGGAGAGGAACUCAACAACAUAAUGCUGAUUGGUGUCAAGGAUAUGUGAUUACACUUUCCCUUGCUGCGAUUUUCACUGCUGGAUGCUUAUGAGGCCUAGGUGUUGCUGAAGGAAUUCUGUUAGAGGCUCAACUAUCUUCAGCAACUGAGAAGAUUGGCCCAAAACAACCAUCUUUUGGGUUGGGUAUGACUUCUGCAUCCUGAUUUAACUUGACUUCAGCUUUAUUGGUGCCUCUCUUGUUCAAAUCCUACGUCGAUGUCAAAGGCAGUCAGGUGACAGCCAGUUCUUUUAUUUACAUUUGGACUGGGAAUAAUGUGCAUAACUGAAGUUAGGAUUCCAAAUAAAACUAUUAGAAUCACACAAUACAGAAGGAGGCCAUUCAGCCCAUCAUCUUGCUGCUGGUUCUUUGAAAGAGCUCUCCAGUAGCCCCAUUUUAUUUUGCUUUUUUCCCUAUGAACCUGCAUACUUAACAGGCAGAUAUCUGGUUCUGGUUUGUCUGUGCUGGCGAGGUAUAGAAUACUGAUUUGUGCUGAAUAGGUACAAGUUUCUUUCUGUGACUGAUAUGUUAAACUGUUGUUCUUUUAAAGACAAAUGACUUACAAAUUAUGGUACAAGUCUCUUUCUGUGACUGCCAUACCUUGGCUUUUCUGAUCAUAUCCUGAAAAUAAGGCAAGAUAAACUUCAACUCACCCCUUUCACCACCAAAAGAGAAUCCAACAAAACUCAAUGAAGGUGUCUUUUAUAAGUUAAUAGAGCUGGCUGACCGAUGUCCUAUAACUAUAUCACAGGGUCAGCAGAUCUUGAGAGGCAUCAGACAGCUCCACUGAAGACAAGAUUGAAUUAACCAUGCUUGCGCUGAAUUGCGUACAUCUUGCCUGCUCUAAAUUUAUUAUAACAAACGACUUACUUUGUAUGGUAAGGUGUAAAGCACAAUGUACACUCCUCCACUCUCUGCAACUGAUUUAGCUAAGAGCUAACUCCACUGGAUUUCUCUUUAUCAUUGGUGCAAACAUUAAAGGGGAUUAAACAAAACAUUUCUUUUGGG